GCUUUUCAGUUUAUUUCUUUAAUCAUGCGACCAGAUUUUUAUUCAACUGAACUAAAUAAGACAGAAUGGGAGCUACCACGUCGCUAUCAGAUGCUGUCCCCAGUCGGCUCUGGGGCCUAUGGACAAGUCUGCUCUGCAGUGGACACGUCCACCAACACCAAAGUUGCCAUCAAGAAACUGUCCCGGCCGUUCCAGUCCCACAUACACGCCAAGCGCACCUACAGGGAACUGAGAAUGCUGCAGCACAUGGACCAUGAAAAUGUGAUUGGCCUUCUGGACGUCUUCACACCAUCUCCCAAUUUUGAAGGAUUCCAAGACAUUUACCUAGUGAGCCCCCUCAUGGGCGCCGACCUCAACAACAUCGUCAAGACGCAGAAGCUCACAGACGACCACGUACAGUUCCUCAUCUACCAGGUGCUGCGGGGCCUCAAGUACAUCCACUCUGCCGGCAUCAUCCACAGGGACCUGAAGCCGAGCAACCUGGCCGUCAAUGAGGACUGCGAGCUCAAGAUCCUGGACUUUGGUCUGGCGCGCCCGACGGAGACCGAGAUGACGGGGUACGUGGCCACCCGCUGGUACCGCGCCCCGGAGAUCAUGUUGAACUGGAUGCACUACAACCAGACGGUGGACAUCUGGUCCGUGGGCUGCAUCAUGGCUGAGCUGCUCACGGGACGCACGCUCUUCCCUGGCCAGGACCACAUUCAACAACUUAACCUUAUCAUGGAACUCAUUGGCACACCCAGCCAUGAAUGCCUGAGUAAAGUCACCUCUGACAGUGCCCGCAACUACAUCAGGUCGCUGCCGCCGAUGCGCAAGAAGGACUUCCGGCAGGUGUUCCGGGGCGCCAACCCUCUGGCAAUUGACCUGCUGGAGCGGAUGCUGGAGAUAGACAGCGAGGCUCGCAUCACGGCGAGGGGGGCGCUGGCGCACCCCUACCUCUGUCUCUUAUACACAUCUAGAUGUGGCUUUGAGGACAUGGAGCUGCCCACUGACCAGGGCUUUGAGGACAUGGAGCUGCCCACUGACCGCUGGAAAGAGCUGGUGUACAAGGAGAUGAUGGCCUUCAAGCCGAAGAAGAGCGUCGUGAGCGACCAGGUGGAGUUCAACCGUGCUGAUCCUGCAUCUGUUGAAGCUGCUGCAUCUGCUGCUGCUGCAUCUGCUGCUGCUGCAUCUGCUGCUGCUGCAUCUGCUGCUGCAGCUGCCAAGCAGUCAACCAAUUAACCAGAUCUCCUGCUACAACUGCUGCAGCUGCUCGCAAUAUUGGCUUCUCUGUAGCGAAGUUUCCUUCAGAUGAAAGAUGAUGAAAAACAUUUUGUCCCGUAGUUGCGCCAUUUUAUGUACGUUGAUUUAACUUUGUUUUAACACAAACUGGAUUGUAUAUGUUAUCAAGACCGAUGUUUGUAUAGUAGGUUCGUUCAAAGUUGUAUUUUUGGAACGGUUUUGUCAAAUGACAUCUUAUUCAUUUUAGGCUAUUCGCUUCUAACGACUUAAACUACUUAAGAGUUCUACUUAAAUAUUAAGUCUGCCGCCGUCACAUUCUCCUGCUCUGCUAUUUAUUAAUAUUUUAAAAGCUUAAAGGAUGAGUUUCAUAGAUUAAUUUUAUGUCCAUUUUUUAGGUUUGUCUAUGUCCCGAUCCUGGAUCAUUUGUAGCAUUGAACUUUUUAAAAUGAAGACUAAUAAUUGAACUUAAUUAAUUAAAAAUUAAGACUAAUUUUUACUCGUGCACUGCGGUGGCUUGAGCAGUGCCAGCAGCAGCAGUUACACUGCAUCAGCACGCAGCAGUUACACUGCAGCAGCCCUCAGCACGCAGCAGUUACACUGCAGCGGCCCUCAGCACGCAGCAGUUACAC